AUGAUAACUGGUAGUAGAGAUAAAAAAAUUAAGUUCUGGCUCAAACCUAAUAAAGAUAGUGAAUGGUCUUGUUAUUAAACAAUUUAAGAACAUAAAGAUUACGUUAAUGCUCUUAGUUUCAAUGAAAGUGAAAACAGAGUUAUUUCAUGUGGAGAUGACAAACUUAUAUUAGUCUUAGAAAAAUCAUCGAAAUUUUAAGAUUAAUGGAAUAACAUAUUGGAUUUAAAUUAUGUUUAUAAGUGA